AUGGACCGUACGGACACGGAGAUGAUGGAGAUGGAGACGAUGCCGUCCGACGCCUGCCAAGGCGACGUCUUAAGGGACUUUCUCGCAUUGGCUCGCCAGCUCCUCAAUCAAGGCAAGCCAUCGCAGGCCCUCCAAGCGGUUGUAAUGGCAAUGAGAACAAGAGGUGGGGAUGAGGCUGUAUUUGAGUCCUUGCAUCGUGCUCGUGAGCUGUACAGAAGUAGAUUGCAAGAAAGCUCUGCUGUUGAUCAACUAGCUUCUUUGUUUGCUGAGUGUGCAAUUGCUGAAGUCCAUCCUUCCAAAACUGAACCAGCAGCAGGUGACGAGGGUGGCCCAUCAGUUGGACUUGGACCUGAUGCUCAAGGAACUUCUAUACUAGCGGAAAGUGGCAGGAUGCAGAUUGUAUUGGAUGCAUUUUCAGAUGGGAGUAGCUUCAUUUGUUUACAGUGUGGAGGUCUUGUUAGUAAUCAUCGCAAAGACGAGCACUAUGCAUACUGGUGUGGCCAAACUUAA